CCAAUGACUCAGUUUAGUCCACUGCCGCCCGUCGCACACGGCGCUUGUUCCAAACUCUAUCGAGAUCGAAGAAAAACGAACGUCACUUGUCUUGUCUGUGGUCAAAAGAGCGCGUGUUUUGCAGUGCUGGUGAAAAGUGCAUGCUAUUCUGUUGGUGAUACGGUUGUGUUUUGUGACGCGGGAUACGUAUGGUUCAUUGUUUUUUUUUAUCGUUUCAUUGGGUGUACGAAAGGAGCCAACGAGUUUAUCGACGAUAAUACCCGUGUAGCGGCCGCUGGCAAUAGUAACCAGCCAAGGCAACCUUGGAACAACUGCUUCAUCCAGGGCAAGCAAUACACUCGGGCUGAAUGUGAAAGCAACAUGGAGCAAACAAUUUGGGCUUUAGCAUCAAUAUUGACCUUCAUAAGUACAGGCGCGACGUCCCUGCAAUGCUACCAGUGCUUCAUCAACCCGCCGCCGGGCCACUACUACAACACCACGGAGCGGCUCUGCAACCACUUCGACCAAUCAGACAAGUUCAUCGUCGACUGCCCCUACUCCACCAUGUGUAUGAAGCAGGACAUACAUCUGGACAUACAGAAUGGAGUGCGAAUAAAGGGCGUGCUCCGCGACUGUGCGUCACAGAAGCACGAGUUCCAGGCGUACGUGAACGGGCGCUGGGAGCCGCGCGUCGAGGUGCUGGAGCCCUACGCGCAGGGGUGCCAGCAGGUGGACAAGGGGGAGAAGAUAUCUGACACCAGAUACUGCUACUGCCGCGACAACCUGUGCAACACGUCGACCAGCACCGAGGGCUCCUACACCGACAUCAUGGGCGUCAUCAUGGUGUUCAACCUCAUGAAGUACAUCAACAGCCUGCGGUAGUGCGGCCGGAGUAGCCGCCCCGCUGUGUAACGUGUGGACUGUGUGGGAGGACCAUUGUGUGUGUCUAUUGAUUAGUUGGACGGAGUUGGUGUUAGGUACUCUUCCUUGGCGAAAUAUGAAGUUUUGGGGAGCUACUCGUAUGUAGGAGGACCAUUGUGUGCUGGAACUGUGUUGUGAAUGGUGCCGCUACUUGAAUCGUGGUGCUGAGGAGAAUCUACUGGUUUUUUGGACGGAGUUAUUGGGGUUACUUUUUGGCAUAGAGUCGUGGUUAGCUCAGCAGCUUUUCGAAACUUCAUAAAUAUGUCGAAAUUGCCAAGAAAGAGUAGUUUAUGCCUGGGGCAUUGUAAAGUUGUGUGAUAGCAGCAUUAUUAAUACAAAAAGGUAAUUCUUCAAAAGCGCCGAUUUGGAUGUAAAUUCGCUCUCGAUAAAAAAUCAAAUCAAGCCUACCAUAUAAAAAAUGCAUACGAAUCAAUGGCUCUGUAGGUAUAUCGGAGCUAUUUUAUAGCCCUUGAAAGACACACAGACAUACCCUGAGAGGCAUACCUCUAUACAUAUAACUCCUCUCUUUU